AUGCUUGAGGGAAUUGAAAAAUCCCACUGGGUCCCGUCUUUCGUGAAGGAUCGGAGGUUUGCUAGUUGGAUCAGGAAUGCCCGCGAUUGGAACAUUUCCCGAAAUCGCUUCUGGGGUACUCCUUUGCCAAUCUGGGUCUCCGACGAUUUUGAGGAAAUCGUUGCAGUCGGUUCGAUUGCCGAGCUCAAGGAGCUAUCAGGCUGCUCGGACGAGCUGACUGAUAUCCACCGUGACAAGGUGGAUCAUAUUACGAUUCCCAGCAAAAGGGGCAAGGGCGUUCUCCGCCGUGUGCCUGAGAUCUUCGACUGUUGGUUUGAGUCUGGUAGCAUGCCGUACGCCUCUCAACACUACCCCUUCGAGAACAAGGAGCAAUUCGAGAAGAGUUUCCCGGGUGACUUUAUCGCCGAGGGCCUGGACCAGACCCGUGGUUGGUUCUAUACUCUGACUGUUCUUGGCACCCACUUGUUUGGCAAGCUCCCUUUUAAGAACUGUGUUGUAAAUGGAAUCGUGCUCGCUUCGGACGGUAAGAAGAUGUCUAAGAGGCUUUCUAACUACCCUGAUCCUUCUUUGAUCAUGAACAGUUAUGGCUCGGAUGCUCUGCGCCUCUACCUGAUAAACUCUCCUGUUGUUCGCGCCGAGCCUCUGCGCUUCCAGGAGUCUGGCGUCAAAGAAAUUGUUAGCAAAGUGCUUCUGCCUUUGUGGAACAGUUACAAGUUUUUGGAGGGCCAGAUUGCUUUGCUGAAGAAGACCUCCAACAUUGAGUUCAUGUUCGAUGCAAAGGCGGAAUCUACCAACACCAAUGUAAUGGAUCGGUGGAUCCUGGCAAGUUGCCAAAGCCUUCUCAUGUUUGUCAACCAAGAAAUGGCUGGCUACCGUUUGUACACCGUUGUUCCCCGGUUGCUCGAGAUGAUUGACCAGACUACGAACUGGUACAUCCGGUUUAACAGGCAACGCUUGAAGGGAGCCAAUGGAGUCGAGGACACUCUCCAUGCUCUGAACACCCUGUUUGAGGUCAUUUACACAUUGGUUCGGGGACUUGCUCCUUUCACACCGUUCCUGACCGACAAGAUCUAUUUGAGUCUCCUUCCUCACAUUCCCUCCGAGUCGCGCACUGGGGACAGCCGUUGUGUCCACUUCCUUCCCUUCCCUGAAGUGCGCCAGGAGCUUUUCGACGAGGUUGUGGAGCGUCGCGUCGCCCGUAUGCAGAAGGUCAUCGAGCUUGGCCGUAUCUCUCGCGAGCGCCGAUCCAUCGGUCUCAAGACCCCUCUCAAGACUCUUGUUUUGAUUCACAAGGAUCAACAGUAUCUGGACGAUGUCAAAUCGCUCGAGUCGUAUAUUCAGGAGGAAUUGAACGUCUUGGAACUUGUCCUCUCGACUGAUGAGGACAAGUACAAUGUGCAGUACAGCGCCAACGCUGAUUGGCCCACUUUGGGCAAAAAAUUGAAAAAGGACGUCCAGAAGGUCAAGAAGGCGCUUCCGUCUCUUUCGAGCGAUGAUGUGAAGGGGUACAUCACCAACAAGAAGAUCCUGGUUGAUGGUAUUGAGUUGGUGGAGGGUGAUCUGGUGGUCAAGCGAGGCAUCAAGGAUGAUGCUGGCACUUCCGGCAUGGAGACCAACACUGAUUCCGAUGUCAUGACUAUUCUCGAUGUCAACCUCUACCCUGAACUGGCCAGCUCGGCGUUGGGCCGUGAGAUCAUCAACCGUCUUCAGCGUCUCAGAAAAUCUGCUGGAUUGCAGCCCACUGACGACGUGAAGAUGGAAUAUGUUGUGCUUAGCGAUCCUGAUAACGUUGGAUUGCGCGAGGCUUUCAAGACGCAGGCUUCGGCCAUCGAAAAGGCGGUGCGACGCCCACUCGAAGAGCGUGAGUCUGCCGGUGCUGCUGAUGAGGAGGGUACCAUCGCUCAAGAAGAGCAGGAGGUGCAAAAUGCCAAAUUCCUACUUCGUCUGGCCAAGCUCUCACUCUAA